GUACGCCGGACGAGCGGCACAUGCACCUCCAAACAUUUUUUCUUGUGAUUUUUAAGGGAGAUUUUGUUUAGAGGCGGCGCUUGUUGGCUCCGGAGUAAUAGCGUCGUAACGACACUUUUUUUUUUCUUUUUCCCCCCCCCCCCCCCCCCCCCCCCCCCCCCCAGUCCCUGUUGAAAGAGUUUGACCAGGGCCAGAGUUGGUCGGUAACUGGGGGGUCGCUCAUUUAGCUCCCUAUUAUCCUGGAGGACGAUUUUUCUUUCCCCCAAAAUACAUUUUAUUUUAUUUUUUUUAUUUUAUUUUUCAAAAAUUGGUUUCUGCUGCUCUCAAUAUCGUCUCACUCCUGAGAUCUGGCAAGCCUUUCGAGAUUUUCCCCCCUUCUUCUGCUCUUCAGAUCAUGAACAAACUAUAUGUUGGGAAUUUAAGUCCUUCGGUCACAGUCGAGGACUUGGAGCAGCUCUUCGGGGAGAGGGAGCUGCCAGCGCCCGAGCAGGUCCUGCUAAAAUCCGGCUAUGCUUUUGUGGACUUCCCCGACCAGAACUCGGCCAUAAAGGCUAUAGAGACUCUCUCUGGUAAAGUUGAAUUGCACGGAAAGCUGAUAGAGGUAGACUACUCUGUUCCCAAAAAGCUAAGGAGUCGGAAGAUCCAGAUCCGGAACAUUCCCCCUCAUCUGCAGUGGGAGGUUUUGGAUGGCCUUCUUGCUCAGUAUGGUACUGUAGAGAACGUGGAGCAAGUGAACACUGACACAGAAACAGCAGUGGUGAAUGUUACAUACGCAACCAAGGAAGAAGCUAAAGUAGCAAUCGAGAAGCUGACAGGACACCAGUUUGACGACUACUCCCUAAACGUGUCGUACAUCAUGGACAUGGAUGGCGCUUCGCCCGUCCAGGUUCCCCGAGCGCGGCGUGGGGGCCGGUCCUCCCGGGACCAGGGCACCCCCCAGCCCGGUCCGUCAGGAGGCUUCGGUUCACCCCGUCUCAGACAGCCGGACUUCCCGCUGCGGAUGCUUGUGCCGACUCAGUUUGUGGGAGCAAUCAUCGGGAAAGAAGGCCUGACCAUCAAGAACGUCACCAAACAGUCACAGUCCAAGGUGGACAUCCACCGGAAGGAAAAUGCAGGCGCAGCAGAAAAACCCAUCACCAUCCAUUCAACACCCGAGGGAUGCUCGUCCGCCUGCCGGAUGAUCCUGGACAUCAUGCAGAAGGAGGCCAACGAGACCAAGACGACAGAGGAGAUCCCUCUGAAAAUCCUUGCCCACAACAGCCUGGUGGGCCGACUGAUUGGGAAGGAGGGCCGCAACCUGAAGAAGAUCGAGGAGGAGACAGGGACCAAGAUAACCAUCUCCUCGUUACAAGACUUAACCAUUUACAACCCUGAGAGGACCAUCACGGUGAAGGGAAGCUUGGAGGCUUGUUGUAAAGCCGAGGUGGAGAUCAUGAAGAAGCUGAGGGAAGCCUACGAGAACGAUAUCGCUGCUAUAAAUCAACAAGCUAACUUGAUCCCAGGCUUAAACCUGAACGCCCUGGGCAUCUUCUCCUCUGGUCUGCCGGUGCUGCCCCCUGCUGCUGCUGCUGCUGGACCACGUGGUGCAGUGCCCCCUGUUGCACCAGCAGGAUACAACCCAUUCUUAAGUCACUCUUCACAUCUCAGUGGCCUGUACGGGGUUCCUUCAGCAAGUGCCAUGCCCCACCAGCACUCACAACAGGCUCCAGAACAGGAGGUCGUCUACCUCUUUAUUCCCACUCAGGCAGUCGGGGCCCUGAUAGGCAAGAAGGGCCAGCACAUCAAACAACUCGCCCAUUUUGCAGGAGCUUCCAUCAAGAUUGCCCCAGCCGAGAGCCCAGAUGUCGCUGAGAGGAUGGUUAUUAUUACUGGAACUCCUGAGGCUCAGUUUAAGGCCCAAGGUCGGAUAUUUGGGAAGCUGAAAGAGGAGAACUUCUUCUCAGGAAAGGAGGAGGUCAAACUGGAGACGCACAUCAAGGUUCCCUCGACCGCGGCCGGCAGAGUCAUUGGCAAAGGUGGCAAGACGGUUAACGAGCUGCAGAACCUGACGAGUGCAGAGGUCAUUGUACCGCGGGACCAAACUCCUGACGAGAACGACGAGGUCUUUGUGAAAAUCAGCGGGCAUUUCUUCGCCAGCCAGACUGCACAGAGGAAGAUCCGGGAGAUCAUUCAGCAGGUCAAACAGCAGGAACAGAAGCACCAGCAGGGCGCUGCCGUGUCACCGCACCACUCCAAGUGACCCAGCCAGGCGGCUCCAGUGGGCACCAGCCAAUGAAUGUAGCCCUCCCAAACGGACAGAGACUGACCCAGACUGAGGCCGAGGCCAAGGGGCGACGCGCGGGGCAGACCAGCAGCAGCGGCGGCGGCGGCGGCACCGGGAUCAAAACCAAAGAACUUCGCUACGGGGGGAAACAAGUGAGAGCCAAAGGCUGAGGGCAUUGUGUGCACUGCCAGCCCUGUGAGAGCAGACAGAGUGGGAGAAAAUGGACUGAUACAAUAAAAGAAAAAAGAAAGACCAAAAAAAAAGAAAAAGGAAAAGAGAAGAGAGGUUUAAACAGCAUAAAAUUUGGUAAAUAAUGUCUUAUGAGUAAAAUAAAAAAAAAAUAAAAAAACACACACACACAGGAAAUGAUAUGUUGCCCUGCAUAACGUUAUCUCUUUAGUUGGACUAACAUAGGCCUAAACAGAUCGAACAAAUAAACCUAUUAACACGAGUGCACACAAGGCAUUUUGGAUUGACGGUGUGAGUUAGCGGAAGAGCGAGUGGCGGAGAGAGCGGCUCCUCUUUGUGAGAAUAUCCUUAGCAGUAUUAAUGCAGAGUAGAGACAUACAUUGAUACACACUGAGAAUAUGCACUGUUUUUUGUUUUGUUUUGUUUUUCUUCUUCUAUCAGAAUGACAGAACAACCUGGUGCAGUUUUAAAUGUGUUAGCUGGUUCAGGAGAUUGAGCUGAGUUGGCCAUGGAGAGCGAUCGACUUCAUCCCGUUUUGUUUGCUGAAUUUAAAACCCCUGAAAGUAAAUCUGAUGAAUGGUUCUGAGUCUUUGUAACGAGCCUGUGUGUGUGCCAACGCAAAAGAUAACGUCCCCUUCCUGGCAUCCCUCACUGUCAUUUCUCAUGCUUUGCUCUCUUUUUAUUUUUUUUCUUUAAUCAAUUAUUUCUUUUCCGCUAAUUUCUGUGUUUCAUUGCUCUCAUCUGGCAUUGCGUUCUUAAUAGGUUCCUUGUUUUUGUUGCAAAGGAACAUGUUUUUUUUUUUUUGUAGCCUUUUUUGAAACAUUGAAUUGACUGCCACUUUUUUUUUUUUUUUUUUGCUAAAGACAGGUGAAAUGAGAUUUAACCGUAUCACCCUCGCAUUCUGUGCAGCGAUGUCUAAAACAGUCCGUUAAUAUAUAUAUUUAAAUAUAUAUAUAUAUAUAUAUAUUAAAAAAGGCAUUGACGAUCAAAGAAAAAGAAAAUUUACGUCUUAAAGAAGCGGCGCACCUUAGCUAAUGAGCAGGUAAUCAUUUGUUUUGAAUGUGCACUGUCACACGCUUGGCCUUAAGGGGACGUCACAAGGGCCAACAGAAGGUGGCAGAGGGCCCGGACAGAGGGGACAGGGUUAGGGUGGGAGGGCGAAAACAUGUUUAGUUUUAGAGAAUAGGCAUGGGCCGGUAAGUGAAAUAAAAAUGCUGCGGUAUCGUAGUAUUUAGACAUAAAUUUUAUAUAAAAAUGUAUGACAUAAUCUUGCUAUUGUUAUUCAUUAAGAUCCACAAAGCAGCUACUAAAAUACUGUAAAGUACAGUUAUUAUUACAGCUUUAUGAAAUGUUAUCUACACCAUACAUUUAAUACUAUGUUGGUAAAUGGAAUUAUGCAAAAAGACUACAAUAAAUAGACACUAAAUUUAGUUGUAGUUUUCAAGUAAACAAGUGGGGGAGGGGAGGAUGCACGGCUACUUAAUCCUCUGAACAGCCAGAGAAACCUCAGGUAAAAUUAUUAUUUUCUCUGGCAUGUUAUUAAAAAGACUUUAAAGAAGACUCUGUGGGUGGAGGUUCUAACUGAGUGAAGAACACUUAAAGUUAGUAAAUGUCGGAAUCAGUGAAGUGCUCAAAAACUAAAUCAGUUGUGAAGAACUAAGGUUGUAAGAAGCGAUUUGAAGAGAAACUUUUUGUCAAGAUGUUCAUUUUGGCUGCGAGAGAAAGCAAGACUUCUACCAGAUAACAGGAUGGCUUAAUAGAGCACAGCACCGUUUGUAAUAUCUUAUCCUCUUUGAGCUUUAACCUCUGUCACAGAAAAUGCUGGUUUUGUAAAUGCUGAGAGCCUUUUAAAAGUCUCUGAGUGGAGAUAAAAGAUCCAUAGUCACAUGGCGACUGCUGCUU